UAUAUCUAAAGUUCAGUUCACAAAAUGAAGACUGUUUUGAUCACCGGAGCUAACAGGGGCCUCGGCCUUGGGAUGGUGAAAUAUCUCACUAAACAGAACACGGUAAAGAAUAUAUUCGCGACGUGCCGGACCGUGUCCGAGGAACUGAAAACCCUGUCUGCUGAAAACAAAAAGCUGGUGAUUUUGAAUUUGGAUGUUAAGAACACAUCUAGUUUCGACGAAGUGUCCUCACAAAUAAGUCAAAUAGUUGGCGAAAAUGGGCUCAACCUGUUGAUAAACAAUGCUGGUGUUACGACAAAAUUCACCAAACUGCCAUAUGUGAAAACUGAACAAUUAUUGGACAAUUUAACCGUCAAUACCAUUGCUCCAAUUAUGCUCACAAAGUCUUUACUGCCCAUUCUGAAACAAGCUGCGGAAGCUAAUAAUGGGAAUCCUAUGGGAGUCCACCGUGCGGCUGUCAUCAACAUGAGCUCCAUUCUCGGAUCCAUUGCUCAAAAUGAUCAAGGUGGCUUUUAUCCUUACAGGUGUUCUAAGGUAACCAAAACAGUUAUUAUGUUGUGUUAAAAAAACCUUAGAGCUUAGGGAGGGGGGGGACGAUAUCCGGCCACCGUAAGCACGGGCCUGC